AUCAUCAACUUCAGCUUACGGUAAAACCUAAAACAGGCAUGUAACACCUGAAUUGAGUCAGAAUCCAGUAACAGGCUGGUAAAGUUAAAGUUGGUGCAAUGAUUAACAGUGGUAAGCUGAAUUUUACUGCCACAUUUGCGUGUGGGUAUAUAGUAGAUACUACUGUGUAUUCACAUAGUCUCCUCCCUUGUUUGCUUUUCUCACUGGAAAUCAGUUUCUCUCUUUCUGGUUUCAAUGGCCUCCUCUGCAUCUCUUCCUUCGUCCGCUGAAUCAUCAUCAUCAGCUCGUCCGUGCAAGUAUGAUGUGUUUUUGAGUUUCAGGGGUCCUGACACUCGAAGGAGUAUUACAUCUGAAUUAUAUAAGCGGCUGGAUGAACAGAGAGGAAUCAAAACAUUCAUGGAUGAUCGAGAUCUUGAAGUAGGGGAUGCUAUAUCUCCCACUCUACUAAAAGCAAUUGAAGAAUCAAGGUUUGCAAUUGUUGUCCUUUCUCCAAACUAUGCCUCUUCUACUUGGUGUUUGGAGGAACUUGCGAAGAUCUGUGAGUGCAUGAAAGACCAGAACAGAAUUCUUCCACUUUUCUAUAAUGUCGAGCCUACUGAUGUAAGACAUCAAAAGGGAAGUUUUGAAGAAGCUUUCAGCAAAUACGAGAGGCGUAGAUCAGAGAAGGUCCAGCAGUGGAGAGAUGCUUUAAACAAAGUGGCCAGUUUCACUGGGUGGCAUACAAAGAAUUAUAAGACUGAUAGAGAACUUGCGGAGGAAAUUGUGGAUUCUGUGUGCAACAGAAUACGACCUUUUGAAAUUGACUUGACAUUGGCCACCGGAGAUUUUGGAGAGUUUGAAGCAACAAAAAAAGCCAUGGGUCAGGUUAUGAAGGUGCUUAAAGAUGACAACGUCACUGCCGUUGGGGUGUACGGAAUGGCAGGCGUAGGCAAGACAACCCUGGUAAAACAUGUUAGUGCAGAUGCCCGAGAAAAAGGGAUUUUUCAUUAUGCGGUUAUGGCUGUUCUAUCCCAAAGCCCAGACAUAGCAAAGAUUCAAGGCACAUUGGCAGAUAUGUUGGGCGUUAAAUUGGAGGGAGAGACAGAAUUUGGAAGAGCUGUUAGAUUGAAGAGAGAGAUAAUGAGAAGAGAAAAAAUCCUUAUAAUCUUGGACGAUGUUUGGCAGAUAAUAGAGUUGUCAAAGAUAGGGAUUCCCAGCUACAAGGAGCUUCAAAAGUUCAAGUCCAAAGUGCUAUGCACUACAAGGAAAUCAAAUGUCUGUCAUGCCAUGGAGUGCCAAGAAAAGAUCACCCUCAACAUUCUCUCAGAAAGAGAUUCUUGGAACUUGUUUCUGAGAAAAGCAGGAACAAUUCCUCUCGAGUCCCAGAACGUGGCGAGGAAGGUAGCUGGAGAAUGUAAGGGUCUACCGAUUGCAUUAAUAGCUGUUGCAAGGGCACUCGGAGAUGAGGACCAGGAGGAAUGGGAGAAGGCAGCUAAACGACUAGAGCAGUCACAAUAUGUCAAUCCCAAUUAUGAGGAAGAUGAGGAAAAUGCAUUCAGAUGUAUACGAUUAAGCUAUGAUUACUUGAAAAAUGAAGACCACAAGUCAUGCUUCUUGCUCUGUUGCCUGUUCCCAGAAGACUGUAACAUCGAAAUAGAAGACUUGUUCCGGUACGCGAUCGGAAAAAGAUUGUUUCGAGAUGCCCAAACAAUGGAAGAAGCCAGAGGAAAAUUAGUUACAGUGAUCAAGUACCUGAAAGGUUCUAGCUUACUUUUGGAUAGUGAGGAAGACGGAUGUGUUAAGAUGCAUGAUGUCAUCCGGGAUACAGCCCUGAAUAUUGCACAAUCUGAAGAUGGGCAUCGGUUUUUUGUGAAAGCUGGCGUUGGUUUAAAGGGUUGGCUGCCACGCGGAUUACAUGAAGGCUGCACUGCUAUUUCACUAAUGAGGAACGAAAUUCGCAAGCUACCCGAAGACGAGGUGGUAUGUCCAAAUCUCCAGAUUUUAUUACUAAACGGGAAUAAGGAACUAAGUGAGAUCCCCGAAAAGUUGAUCCAGAAUCUGAAAGAGUUAAGGGUCUUGGAUCUUAGCAACACUAGUAUUUCCGUAUUACCCCAAUCAUUUAGUCUCCUCACCAACCUCCAAGCUUUGUAUUUAGAUAAAUGCGGCGAAUUGAUUGACAUUUCUGUUGUGGGGAAACUUAAGAAGCUUGAAAUUCUUAGGAUGAGAGACUGUCCUGGGACCCAAUUGUCGAGAGAAAUAGGACAUUUGACCAAUCUAAGGAUUUUGGAUGUCAACCGCUCUUGGAGGGGACGAAUGGUUACAACUCCAUCUAAAGUGAUAUCAAAGUUGCAAAAAUUAGAAGAAUUGUACUGUGGAAUUGAGGACCGGUGGUGUGAACCAACAGAAAGAGCCAAUCUUAUUACGUUUGAUGAGUUAGCUGGUUUAUCAAAUUUGAAAAUAUUGCAUGUUGGCUUCAUCCCUAAAAAUGUUGAGGUCGCACCAGAUUGGGAUUACAUUUGUAUAAGUGUUGGCAGAUGGCCCUACACUCCUCAAUACAAACAACGAGAUCGUAAUUCAAGAACCUUGUUUCUUACAGGCACCAUCUGUACCUUGCCUGAUUGGUUUAUCAAAGCGGUGACAGAGAAAACAGAGAAGCUAGAGUAUGACAGCUGCAAAGGGAUGAGUGACAUUGUUAUGGAAUAUGACCAUGGGAGGUUACAUAAACUCAAGCAUCUCACAGUUGCUAGGUCACAACACAAGUUGAAAGAGUUGAUGAACACAACAAGACGAGUUGAAACAGGACCCGUGUUUGAGAAUUUGGAAGAGUUGCAUCUGAGAGAUCUGAUCCACCUGGAGGAGUUGUGUGUUGGUGCGUUACCACCUGGGUCUUUCUCAAAUCUCAAGGUGUUUCAUGUGUUUUCUGUUAAGAUUUUGAGCAGUGUAUCAAAAUUUGUACAGAGACUAACAAAUCUGGAGAAACUAGAUUUAAACUAUAUGGAGAAAUUGGAAUAUGUGUUCAGAUGUAGAUGGUUCAAUCCAGAACAAGCGAAACUGAGAGAGAUGCAUUUGUUGAGUCUAAUAGCACUAAGAAGAAUAUGUUAUGGUCCGGCUCCACGUGCAAUGUUCCGGAGUCUUAAAAUUUUGACCAUUUACGGUUGCGAGCUGCUGCAAAGUCUGUUCGCAUCUGAUGUAGCUCAGUGUCUUGUUCAAUUGGAAGACCUUCUUGUAGAGGAUUGCCCUUUGUUGGAAAGAGUAAUGGAAGCAGUGAACAAGGAGAAGACGUUUCUACCAAAACUGAAGAACUUGGUUUUGAAGGAACUUCCUUUGUUGUAUGGUGCAAGUGGUGGCGUUGAUAUUGUGUGUCCUUCAUUGGAACACUUGAUGGUGGUGGAUUGCCCCAAGCUUUUAUUUUCAACCUCUUCCGAUCUCUUCGAAGCCUUCAAAAGCAGGAACCAAUUUUCAUUUUCAGCCUCCACUUCUAACCCAGUCCAACUCGAUGAUCCACAACUAUACCAAACUCUACGUGGCAGAGCAUCUGGUUUCCGAUCAUGAAGUCUCUAGCUCAGCUUCUGACUUCCAUUGCAGGAAGUAACCAAGUUCAACUCUAUUUCUUGUCCAGGGUUGGUCAACUAGCUGAGGCUGCAAAUCCAAUUGAGAAGCUUUGCUGGAUUGUGACUUCCAAAACAGCCAAAGAGAUUGUAACAGUCAUUCUUGGAACCAUGGAGAGUGUAGAGAUCAGUUGAUAUGCUCG